UUCUUCAAAUCCUUCCUGGUUGAAUCAUUUGAAAUCUUCAUCUUUUCCGAUAUACAUUUCCUCGAUCCAUAAUCUAUUUGAAAUGCCAGCAACAGAUUAUCAAGCUUCAUCUGCAACUUUAUCAAACCUAGGUCGUUCAAUUCUCAACAUUCGUGGAGACCAGGUUCAUUCAAUGGAACCUGAUAAUAACAACAACAAUGGCACCACCAUAGAUAUCGACACAUUUCAAAGACACGUCGCCGACCGAUUUCACACCUUGUUAGCAGUAGAUCCCGACGAUCUCCUUACUAUUUCAUGGAUAAGUAAGCUUCUCGAUGUUUUUCUCUCUUGUCAAGACGAAUUCACAAUCAUAAUGUUAAACAACAGAAGAGUAGUUAACAGAUCACCUACAGAUCGAAUCGUAUUUGAUUUCUUUGAAAGAACUGUCAAGGCUCUUGAUGUCUGUAACGCUAUCCGUGACGGGAUUGAACAGAUUAGACAUUGGCAGAAACAUAUGGAGAUUGUUUUAUGUGCUUUGGAUAGUCAGAGAAGUUUAGGUGAAGGUCAAUUUCGUAGAGCGAAGAAAGCGCUUGUUGAUUUAACAAUUGGUAUGCUUGAUGAGAAGGAUUCAACUGCUGCUAUUGCUAAUAGAAAUCGGUCAUUUGAACGUAAUCAAGGUCAGAAAGAUGGGAAAUCGUUUAGUCAUUUUAGAUCAUUAUCAUGGAGUGUUUCUAGAUCAUGGUCUGCUGCUAGACAGCUUAUUGCAUUAGGUAAUAACAUAUCUGCUCCUAGAACAAGUGAAAUUGCUGCAACAAAUGGGGUUGCUUUAGCAAUUUACAUUAUGAAUUCUGUUCUUCUAUUUGUAAUGUGGGCACUUGUUGCUGCAAUCCCUUGUCAAGACCGUGGUCUUCAGACUAACUUCAACAUUCCCCGGCAAUUCAUAUGGGCUGUUCCAAUUCUUUCUCUUCACGAGAAGAUUCUCGAAGAAUCGAAGAAGAAAGAAAGGAGAAACUCUUGUGGGUUGUUGAGGGAAAUUCAUAGGAUUGAGGUAUCCACUCGGUGUAUGAAUGAAUUAACUGAUUUAGUUCAGUUUCCAUUGACGGAAGAGAAGGAAAGGGAAGUAAGGGAGAGAGUGCUGGAUUUUGCUGAGGGGUUUGAAGCUUUUAAGAAUGGAUUGGAUCCAUUGGAAGGCAAAAUAAGAGAAUUGUUUCUUAGAAUUGUUCGAAGCAGGACUGAAUGCCUUGAUUCUUCGAGGGGAAACUAGUUUUGGAUCUCUUAUGGCUUGAAGAUAGAGAAUGGUUGUUGUGUAAAGAAGAAAGUUGAGGUAACUUUAGUGUAUAUUUCUCACAAAAAAAUUUGAAAGUGUUCAUCUUUUUGGUUUAUGAGAUGGACCCAUGUAGUCAAUUCUUGUUUUAUCUUAUCUUUAUCAAUGUAUAAUCAAUCUUAAAAAUAUAUUUACUUCAUUGUGAAUUU